AUGCCGACGGUCCUGUGCGUCGCGGAGAAGCCGAGCCUCGCGGCGUCGAUCGCGGGGUUCCUCUCCGACGGGACGCACAAGACGCGCAGGGGCGGGCAGGACGUCCACGAGUUCGUCCGCGUCUACGACGGCCAGCGAUGCGACUUCAAGGUGACCGCGGUGUGCGGGCACGUCCUCUCCAUCGACUUCCCCGACAAGUACCAAGACUGGGACGUCGACCCGGGCGCGCUCUUCGACGCGCCCGUGGUGAAGAAAGAGGCGAGCCCGGGAGCGCGCGUGGUGUCGCACUUGGAGCAAGAGGCGAAGGGCGCGACGCAUCUCGUGCUGUGGCUCGACUGCGACCGCGAGGGCGAGAACAUCUGCUACGAGGUCGUCGACGCGUGCGUCCCGCGCAUGCGCCCGCCCCCGGGCGCGGCGAGGGACGACUACGUCAAGCGCGCCAAAUUCAGCGCGGUGAGCAAGGAGUCCAUCGAGCGCGCGAUGGCGACGCUCGGGACGCCGAAUCGACACGAGGCGAUGGCGGUCGACGCGCGACAGGAGCUCGACCUCAAACUCGGCGUGGCGUUCACGCGGUUCCAGACGCGCUACUUCCGAGGCAAGUACGCCGCGUUGGACGCGUCCGUGGUGUCGUACGGGCCGUGCCAGACGCCCACGCUGAAUUUCGCGGUGGAGCGUCACCUCGACAUCGCGAAGCACGUCCCGGAAGACUAUUGGGUGCUGUGCGUGACCGCGCGGUCGACGGAGACGGACGAAGUCGUCGCGUUGCGUUGGAACCGCGAGAGGGUGUUCGACCGAGACGCCGCUGAGCUGUUCAAGAGACUGGUCGUCGACGACGCGCGCGCGAACGGCGUCGCGCUCACCGCGUUCACGCGCACGGAGGAGAAACGCCCGAGGCCGAGCGGUUUAAACACCGUGGAGAUGUUGAAAGCCGCGUCCGCCGGUUUAGGCAUGGGCGCGCACGCCGCGAUGCAGGUCGCGGAGCGGCUGUACAUCUCCGGGUUCAUCUCGUACCCGCGGACGGAGAGCACCGCGUACCCGCCCGGUUUCGAUCUGAGAGGGACGCUGAGCGCGCAGAGACACCACCCGGCGUGGGGCGAGCACGUCGCGGAGCUUCUCGACGGCGGCGCGAUGACGCGGCCGCGCGGCGGGAAGGACGAGGGCGACCACCCGCCGAUCGCGCCGACGCGCUCCGCGACUUCGGAGCGCGUCGGCGGCGGCGACGCGUGGCGUCUGUACGACUUCAUCGCGCGGCACUUCAUCGCGUCGUUGUCCCCGGACUGCGCGUACGACGUCCAGCGCGCGUCGUUCGCGUGCGGCGGCGAGGGGUUCGCGGUCGUCGGGCAGAGCGUGAUCGAGCCCGGGUGGACGAAGAUGAUGCCGUGGCGCGCGAUCGAGGAGGACCCUCUCCCGGAGCUUACCCCCGGCGCGAAGCUCGCGAUCGCGGGCGUGGAGUUGACGACGUCGCAGACGUCGCCGCCACCGUACCUCUCCGAGAGCGAUCUGAUAUCGCUCAUGGAGAAGAACGGCAUCGGGACGGACGCGUCGAUACCCGCGCACAUCAACAACGUGGAGAAGCGGGGGUACGUGAAGAUCGGCGCCGGUCGGAGGGUCGUGCCGACGGAUCUGGGCGUCACGCUGACGCGCGGGUACCACGCGAUCGACCCGGACCUCGCGCUUCCGUCCAUGCGCGCGAGCGUGGAGAAGCAGCUGGAUUUGAUCGCGAGCGGGGAGGCGACGCACGCCGCGGUCGUCGCGCACGCGUUGAAGCAGUUCGCCGCGAAAUUUCACAACUUCGUCGCCAACGUCGACAGGAUGGACUCCCUGUUCGAGGCGCACUUCUCCCCGAGCGCGAGCACGGAACGACCGUUUAGCAAGUGCGGGUCGUGCUGCCGGUACUUAAAGCUCGUCACGACGACGCCGCAGCGGCUGUACUGCGCGACGCAGGAGGCGGUCUACGACCUCCCCCCGGGGGUCGUGAAGUUGUACCACGGCCGCGAGUGCGUCCUGUGCGGGUUCGAGCUCUUGUUGCUCACGUCCGGGGACCGCACGUACCCGCUGUGCCCGUACUGCUUCAACCACCCACCGACGGGGAUGGGUCACGGCGCGCGCGCGCCGCGACGUCUCGUGAGCGGGUGCCCGCACCCGAGCGCGCACCCGAUCGUCGCCGAGCUCAGCACGGGGCCGUGCCCCGAGUGCGACCCCGACGACGACGCGGUCCUCCUCGUCGAGCCCGUCGGCGGCGCGCGCCACAAGCUCGUCUGCUCCGAGUGCACGCUGCUCGUGAAGUUUUCGGAGGAGCUCACGCACAAGGUGUGCGCGACGGAGUACGAGUGCGGCGGAUGCGGCGGUCCGUGCGUGGAGGUGACGUACAAGAGAGAGAAGACGCCGUUGGCGGGCGGGGAGACGAGACACGUCGCGUGCGUCGCGUGCGACGACCUUCUGCGCUCGCAGAUCACGCUCUCGAGAGGACGCGGAGGGGGCGGGAGAGGGAGAGGGAGGGGGCGGGGUGGGAGGGGCGGACGAGGCGGGCGCGGGGGGAGGAAACCCGCGAGCGAGCGCGACCAAAAGAUGAGCUUCAAGGAGUUUUGA